AUGAUGUUGCUCAACCAACAAGCUGGCUUCUUUAUACCAGAAAACUUACCUACUUAUAACGAUGCACACCACGCAAGUGGGAAAUUUAUUAACAAUGAUGGUGAUCCAAUUGUUCCAUUAGGACAUCUCGGACUGAAAAUAGUACCAUUAGUCUUCAAAGCUCUAUUUGCAGAAAAAGAUGUAACACGAGAAAUGCCACAUCGAAAUCCAAAAUAUGACUUUAAUCUUGGUGACGGAAUAAGAGAUUGGUGGAUUGGCCAUGCAACAAACUUAAUCCAAAUCAAGGAUAAAUUUAUCAUAACAGAUCCAAUGUUUGAGAGUUCUUGCUCUCCAUUGAAAAUGGGAUUGUCAAGGAAGACUCCAGCAGCGUGCAAAAUAGAGGAAUUACCUAGAAUUUCAUAUGUGCUGAUCUCCCAUAACCAUUAUGAUCAUUUGAACAAAGGAUCCGUCAAGAAAAUCAAAUCUUUUUUCCCUGAUUGUCACUUUUUAGUUCCUCUUGGUAAUGGCAGUCUUUUAUCAAAAUGGGGAAUCAUUCAUUAUACAGAGUUUGAUUGGAGAACACACUUGAAUAUUGAAGGCAUCAAUUUCACAUGCUUCCCAGCAAGACAUGAAUCAGCCCGCUCUUUGUGCAAUAUAAAUAAAGCACUAUGGUGUUCAUGGCUGAUAGAACAUGAGAAUGUAAAGAUCUACUUUACAGGAGAUACAGCUGUUGGACCACAUUUUGCAGAAAUCAAGGAAACAAUCGGAAGAGGCCCAGAUUUGAUGAUUGCAGGAAUCGGCCCGACUGUUCCGAGAGAGACAAUGAGAGUUGUCCAUAUGGAUGGAAAGGAUGCUUGGGAUAUGGCUAAAGCUAUUGGCGCUGCCAAACUUACUCCAAUUCAUUAUGGAACAUUUCCUCUUGGAAGAAAAACAACUAAGUCUGACCUUGACAUAUUUAUGGAGAAAGCUGAGGCUGGCAAAUCAUUAGUUAUCAAUACUGGUGGAAGAAUUGAUUGGAAUGGUUCCGAAUUUGUUGUAGCUGAUUUAUAA